UCAGCAUGUCUACUGAGUUGGCGUCUGUCAAGCUCCUGGAGCAACUGGAAAGUUUUGGUUGUUGUAGACGCUGCAUUCUUCGAUUUCUUAGUGAUGAAAACUUACUCGAGCCGUGCACCAGACCGGGAAAGGUUUUGGGUUGUAUUUCAACUAAUUCGCAAGGACAUUCGGGAAUAUGUUUUUCUGGUGAAAAGAAAGUCAAUGACGAAGAUCAUGAUAUUGAAGGAAACCCUAAAAAAGUUCCACGAACUAAUGAUGAUAUAGAUAUUAGGGAUAAUUGGACAACGUCAGAUCAAGAGGUGUGUAUGUCUUGCCUUGGAUUGCUACAGGAGAAGACUGUUGCUGAUCAAGUAGAACAGAUCUAUGAAGCAGUGAAGAAAUCAGAUUAUGAGUUCCACUCUGUGUCUUUAUCAGUAUCAUCUCCGUUAGCUUUGAUGGUUAUGCAGCACUCAAUGUUGGCUUCGAUCUCAGUGGAAAGUCGAGCUGCUCUGACUGAAAACAUUUGUUCAGUGAAAGAUGUCUACAAAGAAUUGAUCUGUCAGCAACUUGAGACAAAACUGAAAUCAUUUCACUCAUUUCAAAGUCCAUUCGAAGUUGAAAUCACUUUACUGCAUCACGAAUCAGAACAUAUUGUUAAGGAUAUUUGCAGAGGCAGUGCAGUGACUUCAUCACUGAUUACACACAUUUUAUCUGAUAUAAGUGUACAGGAGUUUCUAAAAUACUGUCCUAGACCACCAAUGGCAUACAAAACGGCCUGCUCUGUCUCCAAAGUCCGAUGUCAUCACUUGCCGGUGUUUGUUGCAGGUCGGUACUGUAAAUAUUCUCGAUCUAUUAGUCAAACGCCGUGGUUGUUGGAUGGAGUACGCAAAGGGCAUGCUUCAGUUCAAGAAAUCAUCUGUCCUAGGAUACAGGAUAGGUGGAAAGCAGACAGUGUCAGGUUUUCUUCAUCUGGUCGUGAGGACAUUGAUGUCAGGAUGUUAGGACAAGGUCGACCCUUUGUAGUUGAGCUAAUUAAUCCACACAGAUCAUUUGUUCCAUUGACAGACUUUGAAAAGCUGCAACAAGAGAUAAAUUCAGAUACAAGUGAUGUGUCUGUUCGUGACCUUCAACUGGUAGGAAGAGAAAGCACAAAACACCUCAAGGAAGGCGAAGAAAUGAAGAAGAAAACUUACUGUGCUCUAGUGAAAGUUGAAAAACAUGUUGAUCAAACUGACUGCAAUUAUUUGAAUUCACUAAAGGAUAUCGUUCUAAAGCAGAAGACUCCUUUACGAGUAAUGCAUCGGCGAUCUGUGGCAUGCAGAGAACGUAUUGUUUAUCAAGUGUCGAGCUCACUGGUUGACAGUCACCACAUCCGUCUUUGCCUCGUUUCUCAAGCAGGAACUUACGUGAAAGAAUUUGUUCAUGGCGACAUGGGAAGAACUGUUCCCAGCGUACGAACUCUACUUCAAACUUCAGCAGAAGUUAUUGCACUUGAUGUGGCGAGUGUGGAGACAGACUGGCCGCCUGUCGUGGCAGAAAUGUGAGCUCUUUCAUGUACAGUUGCACCUCUACAGAUAAUAGCUAAAACUUAUAAACAAACUGUUGCAACAAGCAACUUUGUACAGUCUGUAUUUAUGUUCUUUAAUAGCUAUCUACGUUGCUUUGUUAUCUUUUGCCCAUGACAAGCACCUACUAUGGAUUCUUAUUUGUCAAAUAGUAAGCAAUUAAAA